AUGUCUGACAACACAAGCUUAUGUAUAUGUCCUUCAGGGUUUUAUGGAGAGAAAUGUGAAAGGUGUUUUGGACUAUCUUGUAAUCCUCUUUCCACUACAUUAGCUUCCUCAUCACCAUUCACAUAUGACAUUUCUUUUCAAACAACAACUAUUUUGAGAGAAAAGAGCUGUAGUUUGACUACUUGUAAUAAUCACGGCAAGUGUUAUCCAGAAAACAAUUAUCGCGGUUAUCUCUGUGAGUGUGUUGAAGCAUGGUCUGGCCCAGACUGUCAAAAUUUUGAUUAUUGUCAUAAUAUCACCUGUUCUGGGCAUGGGACGUGUUACCGUGGACAAAAUGAUUUCCUAUGUCUCUGCGAAGAGGGACAUUUCGGAAAAACAUGCAAUGUUACUCAUUUUUGUAAAACUGACUCUUGCACAUUUCCACACAUUUGUAAAGAAAGCAGCGACGGGUAUGUAUGUGAGUGUCCAGAGGGAUUAACUGGCUCCCAUUGUGAGAUUGUGAAUCACUGCUUUAACCAUCCCUGCGGAGAGCAUGGCUUAUGCAAUAACAAUGAUUCUGGAUUUAUAUGUAGUUGCAAAAGUGGUUGGGUGGGUAAGAAUUGUACUGACAUAGAUUAUUGCUAUGGAGACCCCUGCGGAGAGCAUGGACAGUGUCGAAAUGAAUUUCAUAACUUCACGUGCCUCUGCCAUCCGGGUUACACUGGAAGUCAGUGCAAUGUUACAGAUUUCUGCUUCGGGAAUCCAUGUCAAAAUAAUGGGACAUGUAUGUUGGCGUUAAAUGAUUAUAUGUGUAAUUGUUCUAAUAUGUGGUCUGGAGAUAAUUGUACACAGAGGAAUAUUUGUUUCUUGGACAACCCUUGUAACAUGAAUGGAAACUGCUUUCAAAAUGAGUCCAAUUUUACUUGUUCUUGUUUCUCGGGUUGGACUGGUCGUUCUUGUAAUAUUUCUGACCAUUGUUAUAAUACAACAUGUGGAUCACAUGGCACUUGUCAUAAUUAUCCUGAUUCCUAUCACUGUAUUUGUGAGUCCCAAUGGACAGGGCAUGAUUGCCAGAUAAAUGCUUGUGAAAAUAUAACAUGCAGUUAUCAUGGAAAAUGUUCAGCACUCAAUUCAAACUACCAUUGUGAAUGCACAGAAGGUUGGUUGGGAGAAAAUUGUGACAUCCCAGACCCUUGUCAAAACUAUACGUGUGAAAACGGUGGCCUAUGUUCUUCCGACCUAGUGGCCAAAGCAGUUGCUUCAGAUCCAUUGUCUUUAAUCAAGUUGGGAAUUCAAUCGUAUAGUAAUGUAACAGCAGUAGCGAAAUGUAAAUGUCCAAAAGAAUGGGAGGGAAGAAGAUGCGAAAAAGAUGUCAACGAAUGUUUAAACAAGAACGCUUGUAAUGGAUACGGAUACUGUAUUAACAAUGUCGGAAAUCAUACUUGUGUAUGUGAACACGGCUGGAGUGGAUUAACCUGCGGGGAAAAUAUUGACGAAUGUCUAUCAAAUCCAUGUAAAAAUAACGGAACAUGCGUCGAUGGUAUAAACACAUUUUCUUGCAUAUGUUCUGAAUUCUGGGAAGGUGAUUCAUGUCAGAAAGAUGUUGACGAAUGCAGAUAUUUUCCGUGCGGAGUACAUGGAACAUGCAUAAACUCUCAAGGAAACUAUACAUGUAAUUGUGCAGAUUCCUGGACAGGGAGACACUGUGAAAAACAUAUAAAAUCCUGCACUUCAGACCCUUGCAAAAACAAUGCCACUUGCAUAGACCUGGAGGAGACGUUUUACUGCACCUGUGACGGGAGGUUUACUGGGCGUCACUGUGACGCUGAUGUUAAUGAAUGUCUAUCUUCUCCAUGUAAAAAUGGCGCAACUUGUGUCAAUACAUACGGGUCCUUCUAUUGUGUCUGUCUUGUGCAAUGGACUGGAACUGAUUGCCAGCAGGAUUUCGACGAAUGUUCUCUUGGUCUCUGUCCUCAAAACACAACAUGCAUUAACAAAAUCAACGGUUAUCAUUGUGUCGAUUGUUCUUCUUUUGAAUGCCUAAAUGGGGGACAGUGUCUUGAUACCCCAACUGGUCCACAGUGCAAAUGUUUAAUAAACUGGACAGGCCCUAAAUGUCAACAACGAAACUAUUGCUACAAUAAUCCCUGUAGUUCCUCGGAAAUUUGCAUCAACACACCCACAGCCUAUGCUUGCGAGUAUCAUCCAUGUAAAAGUUCCCCAUGCUAUAACAAUGGACAAUGUAUAGAAAAUGGAAUGGACUACAUCUGCAAUUGCUCUAGUGGGUGGACGGGGCCAAUGUGUAAAGACAGAAAUUACUGCGCAUUCACUACUUGUUUUAAUAAUGGUACUUGUGUUAAUACAAAUACAUCUUCUUUGUGCCAUUGCAGAGAUGAAUGGUACGGUGAACAAUGUGAGAAUUACAACUACUGUGAUUCCUCUCCAUGUUUUCAUGGUGGAGUAUGUCGCAACAGGAAAGGGAAUUUUACGUGCGAAUGCCCAAAAGGCUGGGUAGGAACUCAAUGUGAAAAACAGGACUUUUGUUACAAUAUGCCAUGCGUAAACAGUGGAAUCUGUAUUAAUCAGAAUGCGUCGUAUUCAUGUUCCUGUCCUGCGCAAUGGACAGGGAGUAGCUGUCAGUUAUAUGACUAUUGUCAUUCUCAUCCUUGCAACAACAGUGGACUGUGUAUUAAUAAUGAUUCAGGCUAUCAUUGUUCAUGUAAUCGUGGCUUUAUGGGUAAAAACUGUGAUAUCAUUGAUUACUGUGCAUCCAAUCCUUGUUUGAAUAAUGGAACUUGCGCUUCGGAGCCAUACGGGUUUCUUUGUCACUGCCAUGCAGGAUUCGUCGGGAAAACAUGCGAACGAGAUAUGGAUGAGUGUGCUUUUGAUUUGUGCCCUGCAAGAUCAACAUGUUAUAAUACUAAUGGCGGAUAUACGUGUGUUUGGAAUGAUAGGAGACGCAGGGCAAUCUUUUGGAAAGGAAGACAGAUCAACAGUGUUAAGAUACCGUAUUCACCCAGUACUAUAAAGCUAGAGGACACCUCUUCGAUUUUAAACUCGUUAGUCUCAAAAGAAUUUUGUAGUUACCCAGGAAAACCAACAAUUUUUCCAUUGAGUUUAAAGAUAUAUCCAAGAAUAAGAGUGACCUACAAGGUGUUCUGUUCAGAGGGCUACUAUGGACCCGGAUGUAGGUAUCAUUGUCCUGGCAACCCACAAAAGUGUGUCAUCUACAGACAGACAUACUGUAAAACGGGAUGGCAUGGCGUCAACUGUGAUGAAGACUUCAAUGAAUGCGAUACAGCUGAUUUUUGUAGUCAUGGCAACUGUACAAACACUAUUGGUGGCUUCCAGUGUACCUGUCCCAUCUCCUCUUCCGGUCUGAGAUGCCGGUACGAUGGGGAUGAAUGCGUAAUGGAACCCUGUAAUGGCGGGGAGUGUGUCAAUCAAGUGAGAGGUUACAAGUGCCUCUGUAGGAAUGGAACCAUGGGUAGAAACUGUGAGAAUCUCACGGACACCCAAUGCUUAAAAAACACGUGUAACAAUCAUGGAUCUUGCAGCGAACAAGACGGAAAAGCUGUGUGUUCUUGUAACCCUGGAUACACAGGAGCUGACUGCUCCGUCAAAGACUUCUGUUUCAACAAUCUUUGUCAACACGAUUCUACUUGUGUUAAUGGCAAAACAAAUUAUACAUGCUACUGUCCAAAAGGCCUCAUGGGUCAAUAUUGUAAAACUGUGGACCACUGCGCCAGCAACCCUUGUCUCAAUUCAGGAAUCUGUACAAACACACCAACAAAGUAUCAUUGCGAGUGUGUUGAUUAUUUUUUCGGGACAACUUGUAGUGAGUACAACUACUGUGGCGGGAACUGUAGUGGCAAUGGUAUUUGUCACGUGAUUGGGAAGGGUCAUAAUUGUACAUGUUACCCUGGAUUUAGAGGUAAGAACUGUGAAUACCGGGAUUACUGCGUUAACAUUUCCUGUUCUAAUCACGGUGAUUGUUACAGUGCGAGCAAUGGUUUCAAUUGUUAUUGUAAUAGAGGGUUUGGAGGCAAAACAUGUAAUCUGACAAAAUUUUGUAAAUAUAAUUCCUGUUCCAGACCUUUUAUUUGUAACGACUUUAACAACAAUAGUUUUACUUGUGAGUGUCCAGCUGGCCUGUAUGGAAGCUCAUGUCAGUACGUUGACCAUUGUCUCAAGAACCCAUGUGGAACAAACGGAAGGUGUUUGUCUCUAAAUGACACGUAUCAGUGUAUAUGUAAUUCCGGUUGGACGGGAUUCAACUGCUCAGAGGCAGAUUUGUGCAGCCCAAACCCGUGUAAAAAUAAUGGAAGCUGCUCUUCAUCCAACAAUUAUACGUGUUCAUGUCAAACUGGAUGGGUAGGCAGCGAUUGUGGUAUCCAUGAUCCUUGCGAGAACCACAUUUGUAUAAACGGCGAAAAAUGUUCAGUAGAAAUUGAGCAAAAGGUUCAAGUUCAUACAGGUUCUGAUCCGUUCUCGUUAAUAACACCAUCAACAACUAUUGUAGAGGUAGCGAUUGCUAAAUGUCAAUGUUCUGGAUUGAACUGCUCAAGGAAAGAUUAUUGUGUCUCGAUCCCGUGCAUGAAUAACGGAACAUGUACAAAUACAAAUACAACGUUUCUUUGUUCCUGUUCGAAAAACUGGCAUGGAAAAAGUUGUAACUUUUACGAUUUCUGCAGUUCAUCGCCAUGCUCAAAUGGUGGAGUAUGUCGUCAUAACUCUGAAAAUGAUGACUUUUCGUGCGAGUGUACGAAUGGAUGGGUUGGCAAAACAUGCGAAAGUCGCGAUGCUUGUCUUAUGGCCCCGUGUGUCAACAAUGGUAUUUGUGCCAACGUCAACAAGUCAUACUUAUGUACCUGUCCUUCAGAGUGGACCGGUAAAAAUUGUCAGUACUACAAUUACUGCACUCAGCAUCCAUGUGGGGACAACUCAACCUGUGUCAGCCAUGACAAUUCGUAUUCUUGUAAAUGUGAGCCUGGAUACAUGGGACAGCAUUGUGACGUUAUUGACCGAUGCCAUUCUCAUCCUUGUCUCCACAACGGCACGUGCAUCUUGGAGCCGUACGGCUAUCGCUGUCACUGUCAAGGAGGGUACACUGGGGACCAUUGUGAACGAGAUUUGGAUGAAUGUACGUUUGAUCUUUGUCCUGCCAAAUCAACAUGCUACAAUAAAGAUGGUGGCUAUGAGUGUAUCUGGAAUAGAAGUCGGCGGCGAAGAAUUCCGCUUGAUUUGGGGAAUACAUAUACCGUAAAUCUUUCUGUCAACAUUUUUCCUUUUGAUCUUGAGAGAGUUGUAGCAGAUUUCCAUUCCACAUUAACGCAAGAAUUAUGCUCAUUCUCUCAGUAUACCGUCUUCAAACCAAUAAAAAUAGAAUUUCUUUCAAGUGCGAAUCCACAAAUCAUAUUUCACUAUUACGCUUCAUGUCAGGGAAAUAUAAAACACGAUGGGAUCCGCGAAUCAGAGGAAAAACCGUGA